AUGUCAAAGAUUGUGCCGAAUAUCAGCAAGAGUAAAACGGGUUUCCAGUGUGACACUUGUGGAAAAGCCUUUAAGUGGAAGUCAGGAUUAAAUGAACAUCUGACGAGACACGAGGGAUCACACACGGGCGAGAAACCUUUUAUCUGCAAAACUUGUGGGAGAAGUUUUAGCUUGAGAAAUACCCUGAAGAGACACGAGGGAUCACACACGGGCGAGAAACAUUUUAUCUGCAAAACUUGUGGGAAAAGUUUUACGCGUGUACUUCACCUGCAUGUCCACGAGAGAACACACAAGGACAAGAAAACUUUUUCUUGCAAAACUUGUUGGCGAAGUUUUAGCUUGAGAAAUACCCUGAAGAGACACGAGAGAACACACACGGGCGAGAAACCUUUCACCUGCAAAACUUGUGGGAGAAGUUUUAGCUUGAGAAAUACCCUGAAGAGACACGAGGGAUCCCACACGGGCGAGAAACAUUUUAUCUGCAAAACUUGUGGGAAAAGUUUUACGCGUGUAUUUCACCUGCAUGUCCACGAGAGAACGCACACGGGCGAGAAACCUUUUUCUUGCAAAACUUGUGGGAGAAGUUUUAGCUUUAGAGCUUACCUGCUGGUCCACGAGAGAAUACACACGGAAGAGAAGCCUUUCUCUUGCCAAACUUGUGGGAAAAGUUUUAGCCAGGGAACUACCCUGAAGAGACACGAGAGAACACACACGGGCUAG